GCGCGAUUCGUAACAAAGGUAAAUAGUCUUUAGUAUAUCCGACCGACAGGUUGUUUUCAUUCAAAGACAUAAAGCUCCCUCACAAAUAUUUCAAUUGCAUCUAUGCAUCAUAAGAUGUCAAUUCAAAUGUAUCUUCUUCUGGUCAUCUUCGAUUGUUGUCUAGUCAUGUCUCAAAAGUUAGUGAAUAUUAAUGAACCUCCGAGUGUACUGAUAAUAUCAAAAGACGAUAAUGAUACUGUUGUUGAUGAAGUUCACGGUAAUCCUGGUUUACUUGUGCAAAGUUCAAACAAUUUAAACUUGGAAGAAGAUGAUGCUGAUGGUGCCAGCACCGAUGAUUUACAAGUAGCUGAAGUACACCUGUUUCGCCCUGUGUUCAGAUAUAAAUUUGCUUAUGCAUCAAAAGUUAAAAACUAAGAAUUAUGAUGCAAAAGAGGUGUGAAUAAAGUAUUUCUGAAAUAUCACUCGUUAGAUAUUAAAAGACUGAGACCCUGAAUGUCAUGGUUUCCUCUGGAUGCAUGGACAUUCCGUUAAUUUCAAUCAAAUGUGAUUUAGUCUUUCCUACCCGCUGUUUUUGUAUCUUCAUAAAGAAACUUCCUUCAGCAUUGGAUAUAAGUGGCUUUAUUCUUUUAUUGUAA